CAAUAACGGUACAUAGGCAGCUGUGGUAAACCUUACGUGUUUACAAGAAUAUCGAAAAUAAUGGGGCGAACCGUAUAUGCCGAGGAGCGUCUUUACAAUUAUUUAACGUCAUUAGCAAAACCAGACGAAUACACGAUAGGACUAAUUUUGGGACAGAGUGUUGGUCAAAAAGAUUUUAUUGUACACUUAGCAAAAACACCACCACCGCUUGGUAAAAAUGUGGUUGAAGAAACAUUGCUGAGUUCUACAACAAAUUCUCAACAAAAUGUUACUGAAAAUCACAUUAAAUCAGUGAAAGAUAUACCUGAGAGUUGGGUUGCAGAUCAUGCAAAACAUGUUACUAGAAUGUUACCUGGUGGAAUGCAUGUUCUUGGUACAUUUAUAGUUGGACCAGAAGAUACUAUAAUUGAUAGUAAUAAUGUACAAAAACUCAGAUCUGUUCUUACAGCAAUUCAUAAAAAUUUGUCACAUAAUAAAUAUCUUUGUGGAGAUAAUAAUGAAGAGCAUCUCAUACUGAAUUUAAAUAGUAUUACACAAAAGUACACAUGUAAAUCUAUAGAAACCAGUAAAACUGGAAUGUUGAAGCCAGCAGAUUGGAAAUUUCAAGCUAAAGCAACUAAAUGGCACCAACUUGAAGCACUUGUAGAUUUUGAUCGUUUGUUUUUCAUUGCUGCUGAUAAGGAUCCAGAAACUCUCAAAAAACAAUUACAAAAUAUUUUAAGAACUGUAUCGGAUAUCAUUGAGUCUUCUCUUAUUGUUAUUGAAGGAGAGGUUCGAUCCCCAGAUGAUUCAUUAGAAGUAAUCAGCAAAAGUAAAAAAGAUGAAAAAGGAUGUAAAAAUAAUGAGAAAAAUAAUAAUGACAAAUCAAUUCAAAUUAAUUUGUACAUUCCAUGUCAAGAAAAAAAUGUUAGUUCAGAUGUAAGGAUAACUCCAUGCAGCGCGUCUAUACGUUUAGUUGGCCAAUUAGUGAGUAGGACAUUCGUUCAUCAAAAAGCAAAUGUCGAAGAAGCUAACACUGCGAUAAAACAAGACAUAAUAAGGUCGUUGGCGAGUAGACUAGAAAUGCAUUGGGAUAGUUUAAUUGAAGAAGAAAACGGAUCUCCCGAAGAAAAUAUAACUUUACAUGAACCUCCAAGAAGAGUAUUAAUAGCAUUGCCAGAAAGUAAAGUAACAUUGUCUGACUAUCUGUUUCCUGGUGAAGGGCCUCAAGAAGCUCUUUUAUCAUUACAAGAACUCCUAGAUUUAAAAGUUCAAGAAAGUAAUGUUCAAAAGGAUAUAGAGCUUCAAGCUGAUCCCACAGAAUUUUAUUCUCAAAAUGAAAUUGAUAUAAAAGCUGUUGAUCUUGGUACAGAUUCGUCUGGAAGUUAUCAAAUGAGAGUAUAUAUCACUGGUUGCAGUAUUGCAAUUUUAAUUUUAAUUCUUGCUAUUAUAAUACACAAAAUUUAUUAA